GCCAGCCCCGCAGGGCGAGCAGUCCGGCCCCCUGUUCACCCCGAGCUUAAGCCUUGCAGCAGGAGAACUUCCACCUCGCUCUCCUGGCUUUGAGCCUCACUGUACAUCGGACCAAAGGCGCAGAAGGGAGGGAGGAUGCGAGAUGACCGGCUCUUUGGCAACCUGACCAUCUCCUUAGCAGAGAGCCUUCGAAAGCCAGCCGGAGGCUGACUGCAGGACCAAGGAGGUGCCGCGCCUCUCGUGGAUGUGUGUGUGUGUGUGUGUGAGCGGGUAAGCGGGUGUGAGGGUGUGUGUGUGCUUCACAACUGUGUGUGUGCAUGUCCGGAUGAGUGUGUGAGUACACCCAUAAGUGUGUGUGUGUGUGUGUGUGUGUGUGUGUGUGUGUGUGUGUGAGUGGGGUGAGUGAGCGCUCUCGGUUAUAUUAUUUUUUUGGAAGAAAAAUCUUGAAAAUAUCAGGCAGGUUACCGUGCUCCUAGGGUGGUGGUUCUUCUUCUGGUCAAGAGGACUUGGCCAGACCAAGCUACUACAGACAUUUUUCAGCGAGUAAAGAGAAUUUUCCCCUGAGAACAAGAGGGAUUUUUUUCCCCUGGCUCUGCAGCCAGUGAAAGAGAUUUGUCCCUACACCUGUGAAAUCGACCAGAGCCGUGUGAUUACCAGGGCUGGAGCGAGGACUCGGGAAGAAAAGGAGCAAUAAAUCCAACAGCCUGUCAGUGCCUUUGGCCACAUUGGAAGAUGUCAUCUCAAACUAAGUUCAAGAAAGACAAAGAGAUCAUUGCCGAAUAUGAAGCCCAAAUAAAAGAGAUCCGCACGCAGCUGGUGGAGCAGUUCAAGUGCUUGGAGCAGCAGUCUGAGUCGAGGCUGCAGCUGCUCCAGGACCUCCAGGAGUUUUUCCGCCGGAAAGCCGAGAUCGAGCUUGAGUACUCCCGCAGCCUGGAGAAACUGGCUGAGCGCUUCUCCUCCAAGAUCCGCAGCUCCCGGGAGCACCAGUUCAAGAAGGACCAAUAUCUCCUCUCGCCCGUGAACUGUUGGUAUCUAGUCCUGCAUCAGACCAGGCGGGAGAGCCGAGACCAUGCCACCCUCAAUGACAUCUUCAUGAACAAUGUCAUCGUUCGCCUCUCUCAAAUCAGCGAGGAUGUCAUCAGACUCUUCAAAAAGAGCAAGGAGAUCGGCCUGCAGAUGCAUGAGGAGCUCCUGAAGGUCACCAAUGAGCUCUACACGGUCAUGAAAACCUACCACAUGUACCAUGCGGAGAGCAUCAGUGCGGAAAGCAAGCUGAAGGAGGCUGAGAAGCAGGAGGAGAAGCAGUUCAACAAGUCGGGAGACCUCAGCAUGAACCUGCUCCGGCAUGAGGACCGGCCCCAGCGCCGUAGCUCCGUGAAGAAGAUUGAGAAGAUGAAGGAGAAGAGGCAGGCAAAGUAUUCUGAGAACAAGCUGAAAUGCACUAAGGCCCGGAACGACUACUUGCUGAAUCUGGCGGCCACCAACGCAGCUAUAAGCAAAUACUACAUCCACGAUGUCUCUGACCUCAUCGACUGCUGUGAUUUGGGCUUUCAUGCCAGCCUGGCCCGCACCUUCCGGACCUACCUCUCAGCCGAGUACAACCUGGAGACCUCUCGCCAUGAGGGGCUGGACGUCAUCGAGAACGCGGUGGACAACCUGGAUUCCCGAAGUGACAAGCACACAGUCAUGGACAUGUGCAACCAGGUCUUCUGUCCCCCCCUCAAGUUUGAGUUCCAGCCCCACAUGGGGGACGAGGUGUGCCAGGUCAGUGCUCAGCAGCCCGUCCAGACGGAACUGCUCAUGCGGUACCACCAGCUGCAGUCCAGACUGGCCACUCUCAAGAUCGAGAACGAGGAGGUUAGAAAAACCCUGGACGCCACCAUGCAGACCUUGCAGGACAUGCUGACUGUGGAGGACUUUGACGUCUCCGAUGCCUUCCAACAUAGCCGGUCCACAGAGUCUGUGAAGUCAGCUGCCUCCGAGACCUACAUGAGCAAGCUCAACAUCGCCAAGAGGAGAGCCAACCAGCAGGAGACAGAAAUGUUUUAUUUUACAAAAUUUAAAGAAUAUGUGAACGGCAGUAACCUCAUCACUAAGCUACAGGCCAAGCAUGACUUACUCAAGCAGACUCUGGGCGAAGGGGAGAGAGCAGAAUGCGGUACAACCAGCAGAAGAGAUGGAAGGCUUAGGCUGCCCCACUUUCCUUGGCUGAGCUGCCCCCCUGCUCCCCACUUUGUGCCCCACCCAGCACUUCAAGGAAGAAGAAAUGCUCGAACCAGGAACCAGGUAUUUACUGGAAAGGAUUCAGGACAAGCUAUACCACUGGUCGUCGAGAGCUGCAUCAGAUACAUCAAUUUAUAUGGACUCCAGCAGCAAGGGAUCUUCAGAGUGCCAGGAUCCCAGGUUGAAGUCAAUGACAUCAAAAAUUCCUUUGAGAGAGGUGAAGACCCGCUUGUGGAUGAUCAAAAUGAACGAGAUAUCAAUUCAGUCGCUGGCGUUCUAAAACUGUAUUUCCGAGGACUGGAAAACCCACUCUUUCCUAAGGAAAGGUUUCAAGAUUUGAUAUCUACUAUUAAACUGGAGAACCCAGCUGAGAGGGUGCACCAGAUCCAACAAAUCCUCAUCACCCUUCCCCGCGUGGUCAUCGUGGUCAUGAGAUACCUCUUCGCUUUCCUCAACCACCUCUCGCAAUAUAGUGACGAGAACAUGAUGGAUCCCUACAACCUGGCCAUCUGCUUCGGGCCCACCCUCAUGCACAUCCCCGAUGGGCAAGACCCUGUGUCCUGCCAGGCACACGUCAAUGAAGUCAUCAAAACCAUCAUCAUCCACCAUGAAGCCAUCUUCCCCAGCCCCCGGGAGCUAGAGGGACCUGUGUAUGAAAAAUGCAUGGCUGGAGGGGAAGAAUAUUGCGACAGCCCACACAGCGAGCCAGGGACCAUCGACGAAGUUGACCACGACAAUGGCACCGAGCCUCACACCAGUGAUGAAGAAGUGGAGCAGAUCGAGGCCAUCGCCAAGUUUGACUACGUGGGGCGGUCCCCGCGUGAGCUGUCCUUCAAGAAGGGAGCCUCACUGCUCCUGUACCACCGCGCCUCCGAGGACUGGUGGGAGGGUCGUCACAACGGCGUGGAUGGGCUCAUCCCACAUCAGUACAUAGUUGUACAGGACAUGGACGAUGCCUUCUCGGACAGCCUGAGCCAAAAGGCCGACAGCGAGGCCAGCAGUGGGCCACUGCUGGACGACAAGGCCUCCUCCAAAAACGACCUCCAGUCCCCCACGGAGCACAUCUCGGAUUACGGCUUUGGGGGGGUGAUGGGCCGAGUGCGGUUACGAUCUGAUGGAGCAGCCAUCCCCAGGCGCCGAAGCGGGGGAGACACACACAGCCCGCCCCGGGGCCUGGGCCCCAGCAUAGACACGCCACCCCGGGCCGCCGCCUGCCCCAGCAGUCCCCACAAAAUCCCCCUCUCCCGGGGGCGGAUCGAGAGCCCCGAGAAGCGGAGGAUGGCGACGUUCGGGAGCGCCGGCAGCAUCAACUACCCCGACAAGAAGGCGCUCUCCGAAGGGCACUGCAUCCGGUCGACGUGCGGCUCCACCAGGCACAGCAGCCUGGGGGACCACAAGUCCCUGGAGGCCGAGGCCCUGGCAGAAGACAUCGAGAAGACCAUGAGCACAGCUCUGCACGAGCUGCGGGAACUGGAGAGGCAGAACACAGUCAAGCAGGCGCCAGAUGUGGUGCUGGACACCCUGGAGCCCCUGAAGAACCCGCCAGGCCCCAUCAGCUCAGAGCCGGCCAGCCCCCUGCACACCAUCGUCAUCCGCGACCCCGACGCCGCCAUGCGUCGCAGCAGCAGUUCCUCCACCGAGAUGAUGACCACCUUCAAGCCAGCCCUGUCCGCCCGCCUGGCCGGCGCCCAGCUGCGCCCGCCCCCCAUGCGGCCGGUGCGGCCCGUGGUCCAGCAUCGGUCCAGCAGCAGCAGCAGCUCGGGCGUGGGCAGCCCGGCCGUGACGCCCACCGAGAAGAUGUUCCCCAACAGCUCGGCCGACAAGUCGGGCACCAUGUGACCUGCGGGGUGGCGGGCACCGCCCCGGCCCGCCGUGGCCCGCCGUGGCCGAGGGUGGCCUCUGUGACUCCCACGUCCUCCCGGUGCUCCUGGCCUUGUCGGGCAGGGCCCGGAAGGUCAGCCUGGGAGCGGGUCUGUGUGGAGCUGAGGCCCAGGCCCGAGCCACAGCUCGCCUUCAGCCACAUGAAUCCACAGGCCUCCCUCCUGUGUGCACACAGACGGCCAAGCGGAGAGGAGCAGCCGCCGCAGCCGGAGCCUUUCCCAAGGUCGCGGCAAAUGUUAAAUGGCUUCACCCGUGUAUCGUCACUGGAAAGUUAUUCUCUCGACAUUCUCUCUACAUGCAUCCAUACGUGUGUAUGUAUGUGUAUGUGCAUAUGUACACGUAUAUAUGUACGUAUGUGUCUGUAGGAGUGUGUGUGUGUAUAUAUAUAUUUAUGCAUCUAUAUACAUAUACUAGAUCUGGACACACAUAUGAAAUGUAUAUAGGAUCUCCUUUUUCUUUUUACGAAACUUAGAUUUACCUCAGACCCAUGCCACCAAACAUCUCCCGCUGAGUUAUUUGGUGGGAUUUGCAGGGACUUUUCUGGGAGAAUUUAAGGCCCACAGUAACUGCGAAUGAAGCAAUAUACUACUAACCUGCAGAAAAACAAAACCAGUCUCCCACUGUCUCCAGAAGUUGUGGCCUUCCAGAACAGUCUGCCCCUAAAGGAAGGGUGGGGCAGGUGGUACCCCGGGCAGGCUGCUCCCAGAGGUGGGGAACCCUUCACAGAGCCCCUCCCCCCCAUCCACCCCAGAGACCCUGCCUUUCCACACGGGGGCCAAGACCAACUGCACCCCAAAGGCAUGGAGGACGUUGGCGAGAAGAGCCCUGUCUGCGGCGGCCUGUGUUCGACUGUAGAAGAGGGGAUGGUGAGAGCCUGAGCCCCAUCGUAGCGCAGUAUUAUGUGUGGUUGGGAAAAAGGAAAAAAAAAACCCAAACAGUGGUGUGGAACACUUCAAAACCUAGAAACGCUGUAGGAAUAAAUCUGUGGUAACUAUAGAGGUUUAACUUAUACCAUUUUCAAAAUAUUUAAUUUUGUCUUUUCCUCUUUCUACUAAUUAUACUGUGUCAAAAUCUGGAACUAAACAGGCAAGGAGACUUUGAGUCCCAUCAUUUUAAUUUGAAAUCAGGCCGUGACACGCUCUGGCUGGUGGCCUCUUGCAUGAACCACACGGGACCGUAAGUGCCCACCUCAGACCAGGGCCGGGGAGGGAGUCCUUGGCACUUGCCGUCCUAGAGAACGCUUCGGUGGACUUUAUGCAAUGAAAUAAGCUUCCCUCUCCCCUUUCCCUUCCCUUUUGCCCACCUCCUCCAGCACAUUUAACUCAAUUGAAAAUAUGGGGUUAGGUUUGGGGGGCGUGUCACCCACCUCACUGAACCUCUGUCUCCUGCUCCAUAAAAAUGUAAGCGAGCAAGCCAUGCAACCUAGAAAGCAUUGUGCCAACACGAUUGCUCUCUUCACGGUCAUCACUAAGGUGAAAACCAUCCAGCGCCAUCCUUUUGAAACCUCCUAAUGGCAUUUGAGAAGUGGGCAGUGGAAUUUUCCUGCCAGCUUCAUAAGAGCCAUGAAGCCCGGUCCUGCAGGUACAUCACCUCUUGACAUUCCAUCAUCACCAUUUCAGCCCAUUGGAUUAAGUUUCGCCCUCUCCUCUGGUCCCCAGACGGGGGGACCUAUGAAGCCACGUUACCUAGGUGUAUAGGGGUGGUGAGCCACGCUGCCUUGCCUGAAGCACUGGCCUUGAGGGCACACAGUGGAGGAAAGAAUAAGAAAGGGCACAAAAAGAGAAUGCCAGGGAGAGGCCAGUGACAAACUUGACCUUCCUUGUUUUGCCUAUAACUCCUGGAAAUGAAAGAGCCUCAGAACGAGCUAGGAGCCCUCUGUCUUUUUAGCACAUAAACAUACCCCCAUAUUACAGGUUAGGAGAGGAAGCAAGGCCUUAGGAUGGCUGUGACUUGUCCAAGAUUUAAUAGAUGGCUGAGAGGGGGGCUGGGUCCAGUUCCUAAAGUCAUUUAUUUGCAAGGAUGCUGUGCUGUUCAGUGGGAUAAGAGACUUCUCAUGUCCGCCCCAGAGAGACUCGCAGACCUUAAAUGCAGUGGCCUCCUGUGCAAAAUGCCACAUUCUCUGCCAUGACUACCAGACGAAAAGUGAAAAUCUGAGUUGACAGAUCUGUUGCCUGAAAUACAUAACACCAGUCAGAUCAUGUGGAUUUUCCUCUGAAAUGACUAACUUCUUCUUUCCUUAUUGAAAAUAGGCCUGCCUUUCACUGAAUUACCUGAGGGCAGAGCCUUUGCCGUUUUCUGUAGGCACCUAUUCUUCCAUUGGGAAAUGGCUGGUGAGUUCACAUUUAGGGAAGCUCACACCUCACUCAUCCAGCUCCAAAUCUGAGCCUUGACGCAGAACCACGUGGAAAAGUACUUCCCCCUGCCCCACCCAUCUGGCGCCCUGCAUGUCUCAGGCCCCCUCCACGCGCAUCCAGGCCCGCCCCCUGUCACGAGCAUUGGCAUUCUCGUCCUGACUCCUGCCUGUGUUAGUCCACUAUAUAUUGCUGUAUUUGCUUAAAUGCUGGAAAGUAACUGUUAAAAUGUGAAACUGUAAUUUUUAAAAAGGCUACAAUGAAAUCACAGCCAAUGCCACUCACCAAAUCUUUGCACCUAGUAGAUAGAUCAGUGUAAAAAACAAGUACCAGAAACCUAACUGUACAGUGAGCGUGGGGGGAAACGUAGUAACCUAGUUAGUAGUCCUCAGUAUAACCAGUUGUACAAGGGGAAGUGGUGUUUACCUGCUUGUCCAUCACGAUUACCGAAAGCUGUAUUGAUCAGUUCAUUGAUAACGGGCAAUUUUUUUUUUUUUUUCUUCACAGAACAGUUUCUUAACCUUCAACUUACCCUGAGGUCAAGCCUUUUGUCUUUAUGUGUUACUGGUGUUCAGUCUCUUUUAGGAAUGAACCAGCAAGAUGUUCAUUUAAAACUGACCAAAGACAAUUCAUUCCUGGUCUAGUUUCCUGGGCCUGGGGCCCAGCCUCCGGCCACUAAGGACCUUUCUUGGAUAAAACGGAGAAUGAGCCGUGCUUCCUACCCCUCUCUCACUCUCUCCCUUUAGUCCCCUUUCCUCUUAAAGAGCUGCUCUGAGCUGUGGGAUUCUGUGAAAAAUUCUUGCCUUUCCUUGUUUUCAGUGCUAACGAUUUCUCACCUUGAAGCGCCUUUUGAACCCCAGACAGAGCGCACAACUGGAGGGAAUUGUCAGCUUGGGAAUCAGACUUGGGAGUCUUUUCUCUGAGGUCACUGGGCCCAGGGGCAGGAGAGAAACGGAUUCCCGAGGGUUGAAAGGUUCCUAUUCCAUGAAGAAAUCCAAGUGGGAAGAGAUGCAGGGAAGUGGAGUCAUCCCUCGGCUGCCGGCGGAACUAGCAGCUCAGCGAUCUGCCUUAUAAACAAACACUCCAGAACUGGCUGGUGGUACCCCCAGGGGGCCAGCACAGGGAAGGGCCUGGCGUGGGGCUUCCUUCCCUGUUGGAGGCCCUCGGAGUGCCUUGUCAGGGGGAUUUCUUUCUCAUUCAGGAGGCACGGAUGCAGAGGACUUCCUGGGACCUGGUCAUUACCUGGCGCUCAGCGCACGUACACAGCUGAUGGCAAACCAUGAGGCCUAAUGGAAUGGUUCUUCCUCUCAGUCUCUCUGUCCCUAACCUUUCAUACUAGAGCAAAUGCCUCAUCCUCCUGAGAAACCUAGAAAGAAGGACGGCUGGCUCACAACCAUAGGGGUUAGGGGCUGCUGGGUUCAGGGAGGGAGACCUGGAGGAAAAGGCAGGAAGCGGGUGAGCCGAGGUGUUGCUAAGAUGAUUUUCUGCUGUGCAGAGCUAAUGGUGAUGUUUCAUGGCAACUUCCCCGGUUCUCUGGGGUCCCCGCUCCUCUGAGCAGCCGUGUGGAGAAUUCCGCACAUACCUAAAGCUGCUGGGGGAGCUGAGGGCAGGGGCUUUGCUGCCAGGUCUGCGUCCUCCUUGCCUCUCUGAGGUUGAUCUGCCAGGGUCCCGCCAUCUCAUCCUCUGGGACUGCCCCUUGCCGACACCUCCUUUCUGUGUGAAAGGACAAAUGACAGGCAAACGACAACCUUGAACCAGAGCAGCCAGAGUGCGUUUUGCUUCCCUCAAAUGGAAGUAGCUUCUGGCCAGAGUUUCUGCUCAGGCUCUAGUCCCCGGCAGUGUGACUGUUUACUCGGUUUGGCAAUAGGUUUGGUUCUGAUUGCUUCAGAGUGGCUGGUCUAUUUCAUUUCCUUUGGUUUCCUUCCCCCCCAAACUGUCAGGAAAAUCAAACCGAAAUCACCCUAGGAGAUUGCUGGUUGCCUGUCCCCGUGUGGCGAUAAGUGUUGCCCUCUCCCGGACAUCAUUUCUCUACCUUACAACCCAGCGCCCGUGCUGUAGAGUGUCUGACUGGAUCCUCUGUCGCGUAUUCUGAUGGUGCCUGCUGGUUUGACGUGGAGCUAUCCUGUGAAAUAAAACAGCUUAACUUUU